AAUUGUCAAUUAGUUGUCGUUCCCAUUUCCCAUCUCUACUCGGCUGCUCCCAAUGGCAAUUCUGAGCGUCUCGCCCUUCACCUCUACACCGAAGCCAUUAUCGUCGCCUCCCUCUGUUAAACCUCAGCUCUCAAGAGCAAGAUAUCCAUUUUCCUGUCAACGUUCCUUCUCGAGCUAUCCUACUCAGAGGGAACACUUUCCCGGUCUGAAGAAACUCGAAUCUCCUGCGAACAUGUUCUCUUCUAUUGGAGAAUCAUUAUCUAGAGCUGGCUUGCUAGCUAUUCUAUCUGCUUCUCUAGUUCUCGUUGAUCCCGCUCUUGCUUUUAAGGGAGGAGGUCCAUACGGUUCUGAAGUUACAAGGGGUCAGGACCUGACAGGGAAGGAUUUUAGUGGAAAGACUUUGAUCAAGCAAGAUUUUAAAACGUCUAUACUCCGACAAGCCAAUUUUAAGGGUGCAAAGUUGCUAGGUGCGAGCUUCUUUGAUGCUGAUUUAACAGGAGCUGAUCUUUCUGAUGCUGAUCUCAGAGGUGUGGACUUCUCAUUGGCAAAUGUAACAAAGGUGAAUUUGAAAAAUGCAAACCUGGAAGGUGCACUUGCUACAGGCAACACAUCCUUCAGAGGAUCUGUCAUAACUGGAGCAGACUUCACAGAUGUGCCUUUGAGAGAUGAUCAACGGAAAUAUCUUUGCAAAGUUGCUGAUGGGGUGAAUCCUACAACUGGAAAUGCAACACGAGACACACUGCUUUGUGGGUAAUCUCAAUUAAUCGCCAUUCUGUAACGGGGAAAGAUGGUCGUACAUGUGAGUAUGUGAUGCGUCUAUUUUUGUGAGUUGAGCAAGUUGUUCUGCUAUUUCAUUAUUUUCUAUGCAACUUGAUUUAAUUGAGUCUAGCAGCAACUACUGUAAAUUCAAUUGUAAGCUAAACCUUUUCUCAGAAAGAAAAAUGAAAUAUACUUCGUAUUCAAUUAUGAAAAACUUUGGUAUUCCACA